AUGAUGUUUUUUAACCGCUUGUUCAAAUAUGUAACCGUCGGAAAUCCCAGGAUGGUCGAUGCCUGCGGCAUCAGCGAGCUGCCACCGGCGUUCUUCAACCUUCCCGACCUUCAAAAAUUGUGGCUGAGCAACAACGGCCUUCGGAAGCUCCCCGAGGAAAUCGGCAAUCUGCCACAACUCGAUUCGCUGUGGCUGGGCUCCAACUUGCUCCGCUCACUGCCCGGGGGGGUUACCCAGAUGACCCAGCUCAAGAAGCUCUGGCUGCCAGCCAACAUGCUUGUACGACUUCCGGCCGAGGUGUGCGCCAUCACAUCCCUGGAGUGGCUCGACGUAUCUGAGAACAAGUUGGAGGAGGUUUGUGCGGAGAUUGGCCAGUUGACGAGUUUAACCAGACUGGACCUGCACACCAAUGUGCUCAAGGGCCUGCCACCCACCAUCGGGCGGCUGACACGAGUAAAACACCUCUCCCUCCACUUCAACCAGCUGGAGUCCCUCCCUCCGGACAUCGGGCAGUGCACCUCCCUGGUGUGGCUGAGUCUUAAUGCCAACCAACUGAAGCAACUACCAACCGAAAUGGGGGAGCUGACGGGGCUGGUGCGACUCUCCCUCCACAUAAACGAGCUGGAGUCCGUACCCCCCGAGCUGGGCCGUCUGACCGGCCUGGAGGCGCUGUCUCUGCACAAGAACCGGCUCACCCGCCUACCCCCCGAGCUGCCCCUGGGCCUGGCCGGGAGCUGCUGCCGACUCAGCCUGUACGAGAACCAGCUAGGGGAGGUGCCGCCCGAGCUUGGGAACAUGGGGCUGCUGCAGGAACUUUGGUUGUACUCUAACCAACUUACCUCAGUGCCGUCCGAGCUGGGUCGCCUGGGUGAGCUGAGGCGGUUGUGGCUGGACAGGAACCAGCUGACGUCACUACCGCGGGAGAUAAGCGGGCUGACAAGGCUGCAGGAGCUGUAUUUGGACCACAACCGGCUAGUGGAGCUGCCCUCGGAGCUGGGGGCACUGACGCAACUGAGGCGAUUGUACCUCGAGGGCAAUCCUGAGCUGCAGUCCCUCCCCCCACCGGUGGAGGCCCUGCCCUGCCUGGGGGAGAGUGUGGACUACGGGGCGGGCCAGGAGGGUUUCAAACAGGAGAUGCAGUCGUACAAAUGA